AGUUCCGCCCUGAAAUGAACUUUGGCGUUCGGCAGGGGUCGCCUUGUUCUCCCGAAGGCUUCCUCUUCAGCCAAUCACUGCUCGAGGCCCGCCCCCGUCGCCGGAAGGAGCCGUCGCCCCGAGCAACUACAACGUCCGGCUUUCUGAGUUGGGUGGCGGGAAAGGCGAUGAGUAAAAGCCGGGCAGAAGCUGCGGCGGGAGCCGCCGGGAUCCUCCUGAGGUACCUGCAGGAGCAGAACCGGCCCUACAGCGCCCAGGAUGUGUUCGGGAACCUACAGCGGGAACACGGGCUGGGCAAGGCGGUGGUGGUGAAGACGCUCGAGCAGCUGGCGCAACAAGGCAAGAUCAAAGAGAAGAUGUACGGCAAGCAGAAGAUCUAUUUUGCAGAUCAGGACCAGUUUGACAUGGUGAGUGAUGCAGACCUUCAAGGCCUAGAUGCCAAAAUCGUGGCCCUCACUGCUAAGGUGCAGAGCUUGCAGCAGAGCUGCCGCUACAUGGAGGCUGAGCUCAAGGAAUUAUCUAGUGCCUUGACCACACCGGAGAUGCAGAAAGAAAUCCAGGAGUUAAAGAAGGAAUGUGCUGGCUACAGAGAGAGACUGAAGAACAUUAAAGCAGCUACUAAUCAUGUGACUCCAGAAGAGAAAGAACAGGUAUACAGAGAGAGGCAGAAGUACUAUAAGGAGUGGAGGAAGAGGAAGAGGAUGGCUACAGAGCUGUCUGAUGCAAUCCUUGAAGGAUACCCCAAGAGCAAGAAGCAGUUCUUUGAGGAGGUUGGGAUAGAGACAGAUGAAGAUUGCAAUGUCACACUCCCAGACCCCUGAGGGGCCCGUGGUGGGACUGCAGGAUGUCGAAGAGGAAGAUGUCCUGGACUGGCUGCCUUGUUUUGGUUGGCUUUUGUUGUUCCUGCUGCUUUUCACCUUUGAGCAGAGCAGUCAGGAGAUGGGUAUAAACCAGAGCAGUGGGUAGAGGAUGAGGGCUGAUGGCUGGGGGUGGACCCAGCCCAUUUCAUUGUCUACAUUCCAGUUGCUUGAGCUUAACACUUACACAUGGAACAAUGCUGAAAGAAAGCAUUUGGCAGUAUUUAUUGUAAUUUCAUUUGAUAAAAAAAUAUUGAAUUUCCUCUGGGUAGUCAAACCUGCCAGAUAUCAAACCUGAGGAAGGCAGAAGUGAACCUGGAGGACGAGGGUAGAGCGAGGUUGUUAUAAACCAGAAUUUGGAGGGCCCAAAGCCUCACUCCGGACUCUGGUGGACUUGUGUACCCCAGGAGACCUUUCACGUACGUUCUGUACCCUUUCACUCCACCCGUAAGUCCUGGGAAAAAUGCAGGCAACACAGACAUGGGAGGGGUGACAGCCAUGCUUGACAGAAAGGCUGAGUGGUGGUUUUGAGCCCCAGUUAAUAUUUCAAAAUUGUAACUAUAGCAAAGCUGCACUGGUUUUAGAAAAAUAAAUUUCAAUUUUUAUGU